AUGUUCCUUUUGGUUAUAUUUAUUCUACACUAUGUGCUCGCUUUUCUCGGAAUUGUUUUCAAUACGAUUUUGAUUUUUCUAACUUUAUUCAGAAGCCCUAAAUCUAUUGGAACAUUUUCUAUAUUAUUGACUGUCAGAGGUGGAUCUGAUGCACUUGCUUGUUUUUUUGAUAUUUUCAGUCAAUCAAGAUUAAUCCCAAGUGGUACAACACUUGGAAUUGCUUCAACUGGACUUUGCAAAUAUCUCAGUGAAUGGUCUUGUUUUCUGGGUUUCAGUCUUCAACUUCAUUUUCAUUCAUAUUCUUUUCAUCUUCUAAUUCUCUGUUUUAUAUUCCGAUGUUAUGUUCUUCUGGAAAGAUAUCCAAAAGCUAAACAGCUUAUCAUUUUAAUUUGCAUUAUAUACUUCCCAUCAUACUUGCAAGCAAUUUUCGUAUUCAUUGAUAACAACAAGCCAGAAGAUGUUCGACAACUUAUUCAAAUUCAUCAUUCUCAAUAUAAAUUACAAGAUUUUGUUAUAAAUGGACAUGCUGAUCUUCGAGAAUUUCCGUGUUUGUUUUCAUAUCUUCUAAUGCUUAUUCCAAUUAUCCCUGGAUAUUUGAUUAUGUAUGGGCUCCGCCGAAAAAUACACUUCAAGUUACGAAAUGCAAUUCUCCGUCCGGAAAUUCGAGAAAAACAUAGACAGCUGACUUGGGCACUGACAGUUCAGACUAUUGUUCCAAUUGCUUUUAUAUUCUCAUCAAUUUGUUUCCUACUUGGUCAGCUGAGGAUCGUUGAAUCUCCAGUUCUUGAAAGUUUCACACUUCUUUUUGCCGUUUUGGUUCCCGUUAUCAAUCCAUUGAUUACCGUUACUUUUAUCAAACCGUAUCGAGAAUCUGUCAUGAGAGCAGUUGGAAUUGAUCCUAAAAUUUUGAUUUUCAUGUCACGAGAAUGUUCUGUUGCACCUGGUGAUACAAAUUCUUCAAUGUUUGGUAGUUUUGAUAAUUCAUCAGUUGCAUCAGUUACAUCAAAAUUCACAAUUACAUUGGAGAAAGGCACAUUUGACUGAAUAUUCCAAUUAAACUUUUUAAAAAGUAUUUUUCAUCCACCUUGUGAAAACGACUCAUUUGAUCUCAGUGAUGAUCAUGUUUUCUAUUUUAUAAAAAUUUUAUUGGA